AUAUUUCAGAGCAUUCCUGCGGAAGAAGUGCCAUUCUGGGCUGAUGUGGUUCUGGGAUUUCGAAAGAUGACAGAGGCCGAGCUGAAGAAAUUCCCUCAACAUGUGUUUGGUCAGGCUUUUACAACCCUGAAAUGUGAAACCUCUGCUUACCUCUCCUGGUUGGAGAAAAGGAUAAAAGAAAGUGGAGGCCUGCUACUCACCAGAUGCCUGGGAAACCUGUGGGAGCUUCAGCCGUCCUUUGACAUCGUGGUCAACUGCACAGGCCUGGGAAGCCGACAGCUUGCAGGAGACCCAACGAUUUCCCCUGUAAGGGGCCAAGUGCUCCAAGUUCAGGCCCCCUGGGUGAAGCAUUUUAUCCGAGAUGGGAGUGGGCUGACAUAUAUUUACCCUGGUGCCUCCCAUGUAACCCUGGGUGGAACUAGGCAGAAAGGAGACUGGAAUUUGUCCCCAGAUGCACAGAUUAGCAGAGAUAUUUUUUCCCGGUGUUGUGUGCUGGAGCCCUCCCUCCACAGAGCCUGUAUCACAAAGGAGAAGGUGGGCUUGAGGCCCGUCAGGCCAGGCGUGCGGCUGCAGAAAGAGCUCCUAGCCCACGGGGGACAGAGGUUGCCUGUGGUCCACCACUAUGGCCACGGGAGUGGGGGCAUCUCAGUGCACUGGGGUUCUGCUAUGGAGGCCGCCAGACUGGUCAGCGAGUGUGUCCAGGCCCGCAGGACCCCGUCUCCUACAUCAAAGCUAUAGAUGACAUGAAAAGACAGCAAAUAACCCCAGAGACUAUUGAUCAAAGCACAAUUUAAGCUCCAGAACAGGUUCAAAUAACUUUUCCAUUUCAUGAAAGCUUAAUUAGACAGUCUUUGUUUUCAAAA